AUGGACUGCAAUACCAUUGGAGACACAAAACUGCUGCCUAAACUAAAUGAUGAGCAUGUUAUGUUGGGGAAGGUAAAAAAAAUGAAGGUUAAAAACUGUGUAAGAGUUUUAAGCCACAAAGUAGAACAAGCUUUGAAUUUUGCUGCAAAUUUUUGUAAGUUUAACAUGUGUUCGCAACGGCCUAAAGACUUUAAGGAAAAAGUGAUGAAAGAAUAUUGUUUUGUAUAA